AUGAAUAAGCUAAAGUAUGAAAUCGAAGCAACUGUUGUGCGCAAUUCGAAAGAGCUGAGUUUUAUGAAACGGCGGCGUGAAGCGUUGACCCUUCUGAUGCAGCUGGUCACCAAGUGUGUACAACCGAUCCCUCAUUCUGGAGCAAUGAACGAUAAAAGAAGAGUCACGAGUGAAAAUCACGAAAUCUUCGUUCGAAGUGAGGCCAUUCGUCUCCCCAAGAGCUAUGACGCAGAAUUCAGCUUUUUUGAAGAUGUCGGCGCUCAAAAGAACGAAGGAGACAGAAGUGAACCCACGCCGCCUAAAGUGGUUGAUCUACCCACUUACUUUUCUGAGGAAAAGGUCGAGAGGCCAAUGAUGAGAUCUUCCACGAUGAGCGUAUACGUGCUGAAUUUGGCCGAUGCCGAAGGCAGCACGGUGAAAAGCGAGUCCUACAAGUUCGUGCGUAUGGCUGAUGAUCUCCACGAUGUAGCGACAUAUUUGGCAGACAUGCGAUUAUGCCUCGUUCUUGUUACUGCCACCGGCUAUCUACUGCUUCUAGUCUAUCUAAUCAUGCUUUGCAUUAGACGUAACAGAAGGACGCAAACACGUCGUCGAAACUGGGAUUAUCAAAUGGAAAGUCAACGAGAGGCCAACAGCGCUGGACAGCAGAACGCAGAAAACUUAAGUGGGGUGCGAACCGAGGGAAGUGCAAGCGUAAUGGGUCGAAAUCAUCACGGGCGUGGGCACGCCAACUCAACGCCGUCAUUCAUGAGGCAUGGCCAAAAUCAUCAGCAGUCUACCCGAUUGAUGGCUGAUCAGGAUGGCUCAGUUAUUCCGCACAUAACAACGGAACCUCCACCUGAAGAAAACAAAGCGAAAGUUCCGCGACUACUCAAAGAAUCUGUCGAAUCGUGA